AUGACUGAGCUGAAGGCAAAGGAUCCCCGGGCUCCGCACGUGGCGGGCGGCGCACCCUCCCCCACUGAGGUCGGAUCCCCCCUGCUGGGUCGCCUGGACCCUGGACCCUUCCAGGGGAGCCAGACUUCGGACGCCUCGCUUGUGGUCUCGGCCGCACCCAUUUCCCUGGACGGGCUACUCUUCCUUCAGCCCCGCCACGGACAGGACCCCCCAGACGGGAAGACUCAGGACCAGCAUUCGCUGUCAGACGUAGAGGGCGCAUAUUCCAGAGUUGAAGCCACAGGGCGUGCAGGAGGCGGCAGCUCUAGACCCUCAGAAAAGGACAGUGGGCUGCUGGAUAGUGUCUUGGACACGCUUCUAGCGCCCUCGGGUCCUGGACAGAGCCACGUCAGUCCUCCCGCCUGCGAGGCCACCAACUCUUGGUGCCUGUUUGGCCCCGAGCCUCCCGCAGACCCCGGGGCUACCCCUGUCACCCAGGGGGUGUUGUCCCCGCUCAUGAGCCGACCCGGGGACAAGGCUGGCGACAGCUCCGAGACGGCAGGUGCCCAUAAGGUGCUGCCCAGGACCCUGUCCCCGUCCCGACAGCUAAUGCUCCCGACCUCUGGGAGCCCUCACUGGCCCGGGGCCGCCGUGAAGCCGUCUCCGCAGCCCGCCGCGGUGGAGGUGGAGGAGGAGGAUGGCUCCGAGUUCGAGGGCUCCGCGGGUCAGCUUCUGCAGGGCAAACCUCGGACCCUGGGAGGCACGGCGGCCGGAGUUGGAGCCCCUGCCAUCGCGCCUGGGGUGGCCGCAGGAGGCAUCGCCCUCGUCCCCAAGGAAGACUCCCGCUUCUCCGCGCCCAGGGUCGCCCUGGCGGAGCAGGACCCGCCGGUAGCGCCCGGGCGCUCCCCGCUGUCCACCACAGUGAUGGAUUUCAUCCAGAUGCCCAUCCUGCCUCUCAACCAUGCCCUCCGGGCCGCCCGCACCCGGCAGCUACUUGAGGGGGAGAGCUACGACUACGGGGCCGCGGCCGCGGCCGCCAGCGCCUUCGCCCCGCCGCGGGGUUCGCCCUCGGCCUCGUCCACCCCGCUCGCCGGCGGGGACUUCCCAGACUGCGCGUACCCGCCGGACGCCGAGCCCAAGGACGAUGCGUUCCCUCUGUACGGAGACUUCCAGCCGCCCGCCCUGAAGAUCAAGGAGGAGGAGGAAGGCGCGGAAGCCGCCGCGCGCCCCCCGCGUCCGUACCUGAUGGCCGGUGCCAACCCUGCCGCUUUCCAGGAUUUCCCUCUGGCGCCGCCGCCGCUGCCGCCCCCGCUGCCACCGCGAGCCACCUCCUCCAGAACCGUGGAAGCGGCGGUGGCGGCUGCACCCUCCGGUGCUACGGUGUCGUCAGCGCUCUCGUCGGGGUCGACCCUGGAGUGCGUCCUGUACAAGGCGGGGGGCGCUCCGCCCCAGCAGGGCCCGUUCGCGCAGUCGCCCUGCAGGGCUCCCGGCGCCGGCGCCUGCCUGCUCCCGCGGGAGGGCCUGCCCUCCACCUCGGCCUCGGCCGCGGCCGCCGGGGCGGCCCCCGCGCUCUACCCGCCGCUCGGCCUCAACGGGCUCCCGCAGCUCGGCUACCAGGCCGCCGUGCUCAAGGAGGGCCUGGCGCAGGUCUACCCGCCCUAUCUCAACUACCUGAGGCCGGAUUCAGAAGCCAGCCAGAGCCCACAGUACAGCUUCGAGUCAUUACCUCAGAAGAUUUGUUUAAUCUGUGGGGAUGAAGCAUCAGGCUGUCAUUAUGGUGUCCUUACCUGUGGGAGCUGUAAGGUCUUCUUUAAAAGGGCAAUGGAAGGGCAGCAUAACUAUUUAUGUGCUGGAAGAAAUGACUGCAUUGUUGAUAAAAUCCGCAGAAAAAACUGCCCUGCAUGUCGCCUUAGAAAGUGCUGUCAGGCUGGUAUGGUCCUUGGAGGUCGAAAGUUUAAAAAGUUCAAUAAAGUCAGGGUUAUGAGAGCACUAGAUACGGUUGCUCUCCCACAGACAGUGGGCAUUCCGAACGAAAGCCAGAGAAUCACUUUUUCACCGUCUAAAGACUUACAGUUGAUCCCCUCAGUGAUCAACCUGCUAAUGAGCAUUGAACCAGACGUGAUCUACGCAGGACAUGACAACACAAAGCCUGAUACUUCCAGUUCUUUGCUAACGAGUCUUAAUCAACUAGGAGAGAGGCAACUGCUUUCAGUAGUCAAGUGGUCCAAAUCAUUGCCAGGUUUUCGAAACUUACAUAUUGAUGAUCAGAUAACUCUCAUCCAGUAUUCUUGGAUGAGCUUAAUGGUAUUUGCACUAGGAUGGAGAUCCUACAAACAUGUCAGUGGGCAGAUGCUAUAUUUUGCACCUGAUCUGAUACUAAAUGAACAGAGGAUGAAAGAAUCAUCAUUCUACUCAUUAUGCCUUACCAUGUGGCAGAUCCCUCAGGAGUUUGUGAAGCUUCAGGUUAGCCAUGAAGAGUUCCUCUGUAUGAAAGUAUUGCUCCUUCUUAAUACAAUUCCUUUGGAAGGACUGAGAAGUCAAAACCAGUUUGAAGAGAUGAGAUCGAGCUACAUCAGAGAGCUCAUCAAGGCAAUUGGUUUGAGGCAAAAAGGAGUUGUCUCAAGCUCACAGCGUUUCUAUCAACUUACAAAACUUCUUGAUAACUUGCAUGAUCUUGUCAAACAGCUUCACCUGUACUGCUUGAAUACAUUCAUCCAGUCCCGGGCACUGAGUGUUGAAUUUCCAGAAAUGAUGUCAGAAGUUAUUGCUGCGCAAUUACCCAAGAUCUUGGCAGGGAUGGUGAAACCGCUUCUAUUUCAUAAAAAGUGA